CGGUGGCCGUCGACGAGCGUCGUCGUGCCGCUGGCCGCGCGGCGUGUAUACCGCGAUCGUUAAUCAGGUGUUAUUCCGAAUCAGGUGUUCGUGAAGCAAGGAACGCGAAAAGCCGCGCUUUUCAAGUGCCGACGGCACGUUCUCUGCAAGCCAUUGUUUUGUCGGGGGAUUCGGUAGCGAAACGAACGAUAGUCGUAUCGGAGUAAUUGAUAAUUUUAUUCUUCAACCGCUGUCACUACAGACUGGACAUCGCACAUCCUGUGAUUAUUCACGAUUCUAGAAAUUAAAAGACACGCAGUAAGGGAUAUUAUUUACGAGCACCCUCACGGUCGUGGUAAUCGAAAGAUUCGCAAAAGAUCCACAAUUAUUCCGCAAUCACGCGAUCCGAAGAACCUUUCUCGGAACUACCCGCGAUCCUAAUAAUCACCUUCGAAGGAUCUCGGAGCCGGUAUCGAUCCCGAGCGCCGUGGAACGAACGCGUGGGGACGUACGGUAGACUUUCAUCGUCACGAAGAAACCGUAUUCACGUUACGCAGGGAUUACCUAGAUCCGUUUCUAUCCCAGAGCAAGCCGUUCUUGCGACUCUUUUGGCGACGGUGAAGAAGCGUAAAGAUCCGGAUACAGAAGGAAUAACGCGAGCGACAUCGCGACGCCGGCCGACGGCGGAUCACUUCCGGUGAAACCAAGAACGCGAACGACACAGCCAGGAUGCAGGUGGCAACGUUGUUCAGGGAGAGCGCUACCCUGCUGGGUGCAUCCAGCCUGGACCCCCCGCAGACUCACCAUCAUCAGCCUAUGCACCAGCCGCAGCAGCAACAGCAGCAGCAGCACCAGCAGAUGCAGCAACAGCAGCACGCCACCGACAUGCACCUAGUCGGUCACCACAUGCAGCACCACUACAAGAUGUAUCCAUCACCGGUGCAGAAUGGAGGACCAAACGGCACGACGACAAUGAGUUGCGCGAGUUCUCAAGGGGUGAUGGUGAAGCAGGAGGCGAGGGACGACGGUUACGAGACGAGUCCGGACCUCGAGAUGAGGAGCACCGGCGGUGACAGCAGUCAGCAGUAUCACACGCCGCUGACACCACACACGCCGCACACACCGCACACGCCGCACACGCCCCUCACGCCGAUAUCGGCGACAGCGCAUCAACCCCAGCAGCCGGGCUCGACCGCCUCCACCCUCGGACAGGUCGCGAUAAAAUGCGAGACGCCGGUGGACCCAUAUUCGUUUGUCGACGAAGAGAUGUCGAUGGGUGGCAUAAGGACAGCGAGCAGUCCAGGCGGCGGCGGCGGCGGCAAUCCUGAGAGCAUGACGUGUCCGGGCGGCGCCCAACCUGGGCUAGGUACACCCACGACGCCGCCCGGGGCGCUGUCCGGGCCACAACAUCAUCAGAUGAAUCUUGUGAUGAACGGCGCCGCCAACGUCAAUCCGCAGCUGGCGCAUCAGCCGAAGAAGCGAGGCCGCAAAAAAAAGUCGGAGAUGAUACUCACCCCCGAGGAAGCGGAACUCGCAGAGGCCAAGAAACGUGCAAAGACGUACAAAGAGAGGAAGAAGCACGACAGGUUCGACGGCAUGCCGGAAGAGGAAGUGAGCAAACGCGUUCUACCGGACCACCUCACCAACAACCUUGACAUUAUUAUAAUUGGUAUCAAUCCCGGACUGUUCGCAGCUUAUAAAGGACAUCACUAUGCUGGACCUGGAAAUCACUUCUGGAAAUGCCUACAUCUAAGUGGUCUCACGCCCGAACCAUUGACUGCGGACGACGAUUACAAGCUUUUGCGACUCGGUAUUGGCUUUACAAAUAUGGUAGCACGUGCGACGAAAGGCAGCGCAGAUCUUACAAGAAAGGAAAUUAAAGAAGGUAGUCACAUUUUGCUCGAGAAAUUACGAAAGUAUAAGCCAAAAAUUGCAGUAUUCAACGGCAAACUCAUAUACGAAGUAUUCUCGGGAAAGAAGGAAUUUGGGUUUGGCAGACAACCGAACCUCGUCGACGGCACCAAUACGUACAUGUGGGUUAUGCCCUCAAGCAGCGCGAGGUGUGCUCAACUACCACGUGCUGCUGACAAGGUGCCAUAUUACGCUGCCCUGAAGAAGUUCCGCGACUACCUAAACGGUACGAUCACGCACUUGGACGAAUCAGACAUCGUAUUCGCCGAUUCAAAGCUCAAGAAAAAGGAACACGAACCGAUCGAGGAUAAGAAGCCAGUGUUUACCGACGAUUUGCCCGACGGUGAGAGCCGAAUCACGGAGAUCAACGGCAUGGGAAUUAAGCAGGAGACGGGCGUGUUACCUGGCAAGAAGAAACGCGGAAGACCGAAAAAGAUAAAAAAUCCAGAGGAUCAGCCACCGCCGGAUCCUGAAAAGCUGGACGCAAACGGCGAGGUUAUUAAAAAACGUCGCGGUCGUCCGAAAAAGAUCCAUCAACAGCAAAAGCAAAUGGAGCGGGAGAACCGUGAGAGAGAGCAGCAACAGCAACAGCAUCAGGUGAUGGGCCACUUGAACGACGGGUACAGUAACGUGUCGAACUGCUUUUCGCCACCACUGAUGUCACCUCCAAAGUUCCAGCAUAUGGCGCCGUACGCGCCGACGAUGAAUGACGGCUUCUUCGGCCAGGGGAUAAACGACAAUAGCCCGUACAAUAUGAGCGCGAAGCAAAGCCCUGUGCACCUGCAGCAGCAUUACAGCCAGAGCCCCAAGUCCAUGUCGCUGUCGUUCACGCACUCGGACUUAUCGUCGGAAAUCAAUACUGCAAUCUCGUCGGAGAACAAUCUCGAGCCGUCGCCUUUGACGUCGCCUAGCGUCGAGCAUCCGGACUUUGAACCGCCCACCAGCAUGUCGCAGCAAAACAUGGGCAACGACCAUCGUCAGUAUAAUCCGGCCGGAGGGCCCGAUCCGACGGGUCACCAUGGCAGUCCUGGCACGCCGUCCCAUAACAGCUACGCCAACUACAUGGGUUACCACGAGCAGCCACCAGACGCGCAUAAUCCGCAUCCGCAUCAGACGACAUCGACGCCUCUCAGCCAGACCGCCGAGGAGCACUCCCAUCAUUCGCAUCCAACGCCGCCGCAUCCACAUACGCCCACCCAUACGUCCAUGUCGCCGCACCAUCCGCACGAGCAAUACGUCAUCAAGAGGAACUCCGGCCAGGACGUGGCGUCUAAGAGUCUGAGCGACCUAGAAUCCCUCGUGGACCAGAUCCCGAGUAUAGCCGAUGGCGGUAGUCAGCGUCUGCAACAUGCGCAUCCGGGUAUGCCGGGCGACGAUAGCAUGGGGGACAAGUUGGACCACCAUCAGUCCUACAUGUCCGGUUUCGGCGGCAUGCAGGCUGGACCAGCUGGAAUGGCCAAUUACAGUCCACCGUUGCCGCCGGGUAGCGGAAUCUAUCCAUCCUCGCUACACCACUCUCCCACCGACGCUGGCUACGGAGGUUUGUACGCUAUGAACAGUCGUCAUCAUCAAGACUCUCAGCAACAGCAGCAGCAGCAGCCACAGCAUCAACAACAGCAGCAACAGCAGCAACAACAGCAGCAGCACAGCAAAUCCUACACGGUGGAAAAUCUCGCGUCCAGUAACUACACCCCUAGCAUGAAUCACGGACACCCCAGCAACUCUUACCCCAACAUCAUAACCGGGCACUAUCCGGUGCCGAUGGGCUCGACCAAUGGGUACCUGUUCGGAGGCCUCGAGACAAGCUUGAUGCAGCGUACGUACGGAAUUGGUGGGAUGAGCGGCAUGAGUAGCAUGCAUCCAUCCGCCGCCCUCGGCCACCCGAUGGCGGGCAAUCCGUAUCCGUACAACGGCUCGUACUCAAGCUCGUUCGACGCUUAUCCAGCGCCACCGACGGGCAUACACGCGCCCAGCGCCAAUUACCCCGGCUACGUCGGCACGGCUGGCGCGGCGUCCAGCAGCACCACCACGCCGCCGUCCUACCUCGCACCGUCGCACCACAGACCGCCGGUCGACCUCUCCUACGACGGUGUAUGAUAAUCGAUGUGAGAUACCGUUCGCCGACCCACCACCACCACCAGCCCCCGAUGAUCCUAUCUCUUUCUCUCUCCAUCUCCAUC